AUGCCUCGGCUGUCCGGAGUGCCUUCUCUUACCCCGGAUCCUAGCAUUCUCCAAUUUUAUAUUCGGAUCCCACUGGUCAAUCAUGAGUCUAGCAUGGCGUACAGCUCUGAGAUCGAGAGUGUUAAGCAGACCUAUCAGGCCACCCCGCUAUUCUACCAGCAGCUCGGUAUGAGCUCUUCCAAGAUCAUCCUCGAAGAGGAAGCUGACUGUCUAAAGAUCAGCCAAGAGAGCUCGGCUCCUAAGCCGCAGCUCACCACCAGGCAGUGGAAGGGCAGGUAUGAGGCGGCUUGGUCCAGACCAGACAUUCUGAAGAUCCCACGAGUACGACGGGGGAAUAAAGAAGUUACCCUGCAAUUAGAAAAUUGCCAAUGUCCCAAAUGCAUUCACCCGGAUACAAAGCAAAGAGCAUCCGAUACAUUUGCGAUACCGUUAAAGGUCAAAGCCAACUCGGUUGAACAUAAGGAGACUGGCCUAGAGAUUUCAUGGUCGGAUAAUCAUACCGGAUUCUAUCCGUAUGAAUGGCUACACCCACAUACACAAAACAAGCAUGGGGAUCGCCUAGAACAAAACCGAUUGAAGCCUGCCCGUGACACUGCACCAGGCCCGCGUACCUUCAAUCCAGUCCCGGCUUCCGAUCAAAGCCCCAGGAUUUCUUACGAUGAGGUCAUGUCAGAUGAUAAAAGGCUCUCCGUCUGGUUACAACUUAUUUGGACUCGAGGAUUCUGUUUUGUGGACGGCGUUCCCACGACCCCAGAAGCGACCAAGGGGCUCAUCGAGCGUAUUGCUUUUAUCAGACAUACGCACUAUGGUGGAUUCUGGGACUUCACGGCAGAUUUGACUUUCAAGGAUACUGCAUACACUAACGAAUUCCUGGGAGCUCACACCGACAAUACUUACUUCACCGACCCUGCGAGACUUCAGCUAUUCCAUCUCCUGUCCCACACCGACGGGUCCGGGGGAGAGAAUCUUCUCGUCGAUGGAUUUGCUGCUGCCGCUCAACUACGUUCCGAGAAUCCCACUCAUUACAACGAACUUGCAAGGCACAGACACCCAUGGCAUGCGAGCGGCAAUGACGAUUCUUGCAUUCAACCCUCCGCCCAAGCGCCCGUCUUCUCAAUCCAUCCAGAUCUGGACAAGAUGUACCAGAUCCGUUGGAACGACUAUGAUCGUGCGCCUAAGGUCAAUUGGUCGGCGGAGGAACAGCUUGCGUGGUACCGCGCUGCGCGCCACUACAACGAGAUCUUGCAGAGCCGAGAGAUGUGGCAGAAGCUUGAGCCGGGCUCAGCUUUGAUCUUCGAUAAUUGGAGGAUGUUGCAUGGUCGCUCCCAAUUCACCGGAAAGAGGAGAAUGUGCGGUGGCUACAUCAACAAUGAUGACUAUAUCUCUCGCCUUCGCAUGCUCAAAUACGGCCGGGAAUGUGUGCUGAACAACCUUGGUAACUUGCGAAACGUCUCUUCGAACCCAUACUCUAUUGUAUAG